GCGUGAGGGACGGUGCGUGCGGCGCCCGGCAGUCGGUGGCGGUUGUGGGCCGGAGCGGGAUGGCCGGGUUGCUGCUCCUGGGCGCGGCGGUGCUGCUGCUGGCGGCCGGCGGGGCCAUCCCGCCGCCGGAGGAGGCGGCGCGCAUGGCGCGCUUCGUGCUUCACAACUGCGACUGGGGAGCGUUGGCCACGCUCUCCACGCAGGAAGGGCUGCGCGGCCGCCCGUUCGCCAACAUCUUCUCCCUCAGCGACGGGCCCCCCGGGCCGUCCGGCGGCAGCGGCGUCCCCUACUUUUACCUGACCGACAUGGAGAUCUCCGUGCAGGACCUGGAGAUCAAUGCAAAUGCCUCCUUAACUGUGUCUUUGGCACAGACUCCUUACUGCAAGAAGCACAGAUAUGAUCCCCAGAACCCCCUCUGUGCCCACAUAAUCUUCUGCGGGAGUAUUGUAAAGGUGAAUGAUUCGGAAGCGGGUUUAGCAAAAAACGCAUUAUUCAGUCGCCACCCUGAAAUGGAAAGUUGGCCUAAGGAUCAUAAUUGGUUCUUUGCAAAAUUCAACAUCACCAAUAUUUGGGUCCUGGACUACUUUGGUGGAUUGAAAAUUGUGACGCCAGAAGAAUAUUACAGCGUCAAGCCUUAGUGGAAGAAGAUCCUUGGAGAUGCUGAUACACAAAUUAAUAACUUUGGCUUUUUUAUGAAAGAUUUAUUUUUUUUUUUAAUGUAUUGCAGAGCCGAAUUAAUAAUGCAAAAAAUCAAACACCUUGCAUUGUUAACGAGCUUAUAUAGCCCUUCUGAAGCAAAUGUAAAUUCUCACUAACUAGCACAGCUUGAAUCAUGUCAUACUCAAAAAACCUUUGUGCAUAAGCCGUAACUAAAUUUUAUUCAUUGGACGUGAUUCUGGAAAGAUAUCUGUCUGUUGACAGUCUUCAUUCAGAAAGGCUGUGUUUACUGGGAGCUAAAGGAUUAGUCCAGUUCUAAACCUUUCAAUGCCUUAGUUAAAUAGUAUCUGUACAUGAGCACUCUCCAAUUUUAUUUUAAAUACCAGUUUAGUUUAGACCUUUAUGGCAAGGUACUACAGGAGGGCUCAGCUAACUGUGGAAUGGAAACAAUUGCUUGUAUUACAAUGAGAAAUGAUACACUGAGUUCCCAAAUUCUGUUAAGGAUUUUCUUUGCACGCUAAUACACACGCUUCUUUGAGCCAUUUUUCUAUCUUACUACCUAUAUUGAAUACGAUAUAUGGAAUAUAUAUCGUAUUAUAGAUAUAUAUAGAAUAUAUAUAAUAUUAUAGAUAUAUAUAGAAUAUAUGUCAUAUUCUAUAUAUAUAGAUAGAAUACAAUUGUGUUUAUGCAAACUAUACGUAUACUUCAUGAUAAGUUCUUGGUAACUCUUCAGUUGGCAGUGGUUGUAUACUCUGACUCUUUUAAAGAAGCAGGGUGGUAAUACCUAAAGUAUCUGGCGUUAGUAUAAGAAGAGUAAUGGCUUGUAAAUUCAAUGAGAAUAUUGCAAAGGAUAAACGUUUUCUGAUUAGGAUUCUGAAAUCUUCAGCUUUGUUAGUCUGAUCAAAUGGCAAUGUAGCAGCUUUUAUUACCCUCAACAGUAGAACUGAGCAGAUUUUUGGUUUUGGAAGCAAUUUUGGGUUAGUAACCCGGAAGUGAGAAAGAAGCAAUACAGUAUGACACAGAUGAUUCAUGACUUGUGGAGAAUGAAAAGUAAUGAAAAGUGUGCAUAAUUAAUUCUCUGUUAAAAUAAGCCACACACAACCACAAAAAAAUAAACACCUUUUUACAUCCUCUCUCAUCUCCCAUGUGCCAAGUUCACAAAUAUCCAAAAGGGAUUAUGAACAAUCAAGUUGCUUUUUACAAUGAGCAAAUAUUACCUAGUUGACUGAAUAAAGAAUGUGAGAAUUUAGACUCCUUAGAGGCAGAGCCAUAUGUAGAACAGUCAAAUUCAUCAUAUCAAACGAUCUCUACAUUUAAUGUCAUUAUUGUAUAACUGCUUUUCUCAAAUACUGAAAUGAUUUGUGAAACUAUUUUUGAGGUUACUUACUAAGUUUUCCUUCUCCACAAGAAGAAAAAAGGUACUUGUUACUCUAUCAAACACACUCUGUUUUACUAUUUGAAAGUUAAUUUAGUAUCAAAACAACUUACAAUAUGGAAACAAUUUCUGUUGAACAGGUAACACUGACAUUAAAUAAUGAAAUUGGAAAAUAUUUUUAUAUAAGGCAUAACAAUUGUGGAAACUCAAAUGAUCCUCUGGUAUGGACUUGAUCCUUUCCAUGGGGCUACCUGAAUGCAUUACAUGUCACUCUGUAACUUCUGAUGUGUGAAACUGAUGAUACUGAGCUUUUUUUAAAAUUAAAAUAUUUUUUGACAA